GAUCUCCCAUACUGGGGAGGGAGCACGUAGGAUCGGUUUUCAGCGCCUAGUGCCACCGCUCAGAGAGAGAUGAGGGAAUUGAGAUUUCUUCCUUGAUCUCCAGUCUCUGGAAGACUCAUGUUCGCUAUGUUGGCCUCUGUGGCCUUUUCCGUUUGAUGUUUUGACCACACGUUCCGUGGCCGUAGAGGUCACCUAGGAGGUUUUAGCAUUGGGACACUGGCCCUCGCAGGAAUGGUGCCAAUUCAUUUCUUAUAGGACCUUUUUAAAAAGCGUAUCCUUGACCUGUUCAGCAACACUGGGAAUGUUUUUAUCUUUCGCAUUGUUCCUGUUCUUAAUUAAGCUGCCUUGGGUUUGGAGAUGUUUGUGUCCAGCUGAGUGACCAGACCCAGGAGAUGGCGCUACCAUCACCCCUGGGACUUGAGCGUUUGGUGAAUUCUGCCUGAACUGGGCUGACUGGUUCUUCACUCUCCUUUGCUCCUUCAGCAGUGGAGCCAAGGGCUGGCUUGGGUCUUGACUCUUCUAUGAUAAGGUCCAGGCACUGCCAUGAUUGUGGGUCCCUAAUGCGGUUCUUGCAGCGGGGAUGGAAGAAGGCUCUCCAGCGUUUUAAUGGAUGGGAUUGAGUAGGAUUUGACCCAUAAGUUAGGGCAUGGAGAGUUUGAAAACUACCAACCUGAAAAUGCGUGGUCUUUGAGCCUGUACUGUUUUUCGGACAUCUAGAAAGACCUGUGGUGGACAGGCUUGAGAGAGAGAAUUGCUAGGUGUGAAAGCCUGGGGGAGGUGAGAAGUCUUACUUUGCCUGCCUAGACAGAAAGGAUUAGAUCUGCUACGAUGGCAUCCGAUGACUUCGAUAUAGUGAUUGAGGCCAUGCUGGAGGCUCCCUAUAAAAAAGAGGAGACCCCACAGGAUGAGCAACAGAAGAAAGAGGUUAAAGAGGACAGUCCUAGCAACACCGCCAACAGCACCAGCAGCACCGGCAACAGUGGCAAUGGUACCAGUGGGAGCAGCGCCAGUGGGGAGGCAAGCAAGAAGAAGAGGAGUCGGAGCCAUAGUAAAAGCAGGGACAGAAAGCGCAGUCGUAGUCGAGACCGGGAUCGGCACAGGCGGAGAAGCAGUCGGAGCCGGAGUCGAGAUCGGCAGCGUCGUCACCGCAGCCGUAGCUGGGAUCGUCGCCAUAGUAGUGAGUCACGAAGUCGGGACCGGCGUCGUGAGGAUCGUGUGCGCUACAGGAGUCCGCCACCUGUCACUGGGCGUAGAUAUGGACAAAGUAAGAGUCCUCAUUUCAGAGAGAAGAGCCCAGUCAGGGAGCCAGUUGAUAAUCUGAGUCCUGAGGAGCGUGACGCCCGCACGGUUUUCUGUAUGCAGUUAGCUGCCCGUAUUCGGCCUCGAGACCUGGAAGACUUUUUCUCUGCUGUUGGCAAGGUUCGUGAUGUACGUAUCAUCUCAGAUCGCAACUCACGUCGUUCUAAGGGCAUCGCCUAUGUGGAGUUCUGUGAAAUCCAGUCUGUGCCACUGGCCAUUGGGCUGACCGGGCAGCGGCUGCUGGGGGUGCCUAUCAUUGUACAGGCCUCACAGGCUGAGAAAAACCGACUAGCAGCUAUGGCCAACAACCUGCAGAAGGGCAGUGGUGGGCCCAUGCGCCUCUAUGUGGGCUCCCUGCACUUUAAUAUCACCGAGGACAUGCUCCGGGGCAUCUUUGAGCCUUUUGGCAAAAUUGAUAAUAUUGUCCUGAUGAAGGACUCAGAUACAGGGCGCUCUAAAGGUUAUGGUUUCAUUACGUUCUCUGACUCCGAGUGUGCCCGGCGGGCCCUGGAACAGUUGAAUGGCUUUGAGCUUGCCGGUCGACCUAUGAGAGUUGGCCAUGUGACUGAACGACUGGAUGGUAGCACAGACAUCACUUUUCCUGAUGGAGACCAAGAGCUGGAUCUGGGAUCAGCAGGUAGCCGUUUGCAGCUCAUGGCCAAAUUGGCAGAAGGGUCUGGAAUCCAGCUGCCAACUACAGCUGCUGCCGCUGCCGCUGCUGCCCAAGCUGCUGCCUUGCAACUGAAUGGAGCAGUUCCCUUGGGGGCCCUGAACCCAACAGCUCUGACUGCUCUGAGUCCGGCUCUGAACCUUGCCUCCCAAGCAAUUGCCUCCCAGUGCUUCCAGCUUUCCAGCCUCUUUACCUCCCAGACCAUGUAAACCGGUGGUGCAGUACAUUGCCUCCCUGUGCCUCUGGGUCCUGCCGCUCCCUCCUCCACAUCUACCCUUCCAUGGCCUCUUCUCUGUUUUGUGGACCAAGCCAUCCUGAGAGCAUGGGCAUUGACUCUGGGGAAAUUGGGGCCACCCUUAGACACCAAGAAGAACUCCUGCCCAUGGCCCUACUGGGAAUGGACUCUGCUGAGCAAAGCUGCUAGUCAAAGAGAACAGAAUCUACGCCUACGUUGAACACCUGUUUCUCCAUGUAUGUCGUCUCCCAGGAUGAUCUUCAUUGCCUUUUCCAACCACUUCUUAGUGAUUCCUCGAUUCCUCCUCUGUUGGGAAGGCCAUAGGGCAUUAACUAAAGGAACUAACCUCUCUCCUUUUCCUCUACCUUUAUCUUACAAUUUGUCAAAACCCUUAAGAACUCUGAUCCACGAGGACCAAGGGGGGUGAACUUUGAGGGUCCUGGCUUGCUGCUGCAAGGGUGCUGGAAGAGAGCAUUGUGAAGUCUGCCUUAGACCUCUGCUUGGCCAGAACUACUACUGUGGGCUCAGCAUCUUGCUGGGAAAUGUGGGGAUGAUCUAUCCUGCCAGCCGUUUUGGAUGUCUUAGGGGCAUUCAAGAGUUUAGUGAAAGGUGGGGUACCUGUCCAGUAUCCUCCAUCUUCCUUUGUAUACUUGUCCUUCCUUUGGCCCAUGGUGGGAGGAUGGCGGGGAGGCUGCUGCUCUCCACUACUUCCCAUGUGCCUCUAUCGUGGGCUCCACCUCAGCUGUUAAAUCCUCUCCUGGCCCCAACCUGGGCACAUGUGAGCCCUUCUCACUGGAUUUUAUACCCUUGUGUCUGUGUACAUAAAUAUAUAUAUAUAUAUAUAUAUAUAUAUAUAUAAACUUUGUACAAAAGGCAGAGCCCGCUGUUUGGGUUGCUGCUGUCCUGUGUGUGUGGUCUCAGUCAGUGGGGUGUGUCUGUCUGAUGUUAACGUCUCAUGAGCCCAAACCAUGAAUGGUUCUAGGGAUAUAAAGCAUUUGUAAUGCCACUGUU